GCCCGCGGCCGCGCGCGGUGCCUGGUGCGCAUCCAGCGCGCCGCCCGGCCUGCCGGGAGGCAUGGACGACGCGGGGGGCCCGCAGGGGCCCGCGGCGGGCCAGCCACGGCCAGGCAGCCACGGCCCGGGCUUCUUCGCGCAGGACGCGGCGUGCGCCCUGCGGGCGCGCGCGGAGUGGGAGGCCCAGCUCGGCAAGGGCGCGGUGCUCUGCUCCGACGAGCUCUCAGACUCCGACGCGAGCUCCGAGUGGGACGGCGGCAGCGGCCCCGACGAGGAGGAGGCCGAGAGGAAGAGCAGCGUCAGCUCCACGGCCACCAGCCGGAAAGGAGGGGCGACGAAGGACGACCAUGGUCUCAUCGAGACCGAGCCCGUGGAGUUCGGCGCCGCCCGCGAGCGCUUCGCGGAGGCCUGCAGCGCAGCACAGGGCGGCCCUGGUGGUGCCUCUGGGCAGAAGGCGCUGCCCAGCCGCCUGCAGCGUGUGCGCGGAGAGGUGGGUGCCCUCCUGGCCUGGGCCGAGGGCGCAAAGAAGGACGCGGCCUCGGCCGCUCAGCUGCCUGGCGCCCGCGGGCCCACCGCGCCCACUCCGGGCCCCUCCUCGGAGGAGGUGCGGGCCCUGGCGGGCCUGCUCCGGGGCGCGGCCUCGGACAGCGGCAGCAGUGCCCGCGUGUGGCUGCCGCCGCCGGAGCCCGGCCAGGACCUGGCCCCCGCCCGCCAGCUUCUGGAGCUCGGCCGGCUCCCCGGCGGCCAGCCGCAGGCCGCUCUCAGCAGCGGCGCCGGGGCAGGCGAGUCCCCGGGCGGCUACCGCCUCACGCUGAGCACCGCAGGGGCGGGCGCUGCCGGCUGGAGGGCGGCGGCCGAGGCGGAGGCGCUGCGCUCGCUCGAGGAUCGGAUGCGCAAGCUGCACGGCAUGCUGGACCCGGGCAGCAAGGGCGCCGCGGAUGGGUCCACCGUUAGCCUGGCCGAGUCGGCGCGCCAGCUGCACAGGCGCCUGGAGACGCUGGAGCAGGUCGGCCACGAAGACCUCCGUGGGCGGCUGCAGACCUCCGUGCAGCUCCUCUCUGCCGAGAUCAGCGCCGCCGUCGCCGAGGCCGAGCGCGCGCGCCAGCUCGAGGCCGAGGAGCACGCGGCCGACCUCGCCGUCGCCAUCCCCGGCGGCGAGGCGCCGGAGGCCGCGGCACCGCAGAUCGAGCGGCUGCAUGCGCAGGUCUCGGGCCUGGGCCCCGCGGCGGCGCGGGCGGCGGAGGUGGCCCGCCAGCUGCAGGAUCAGGAGCUCGCCUCCUCGCAGCUGCUCCAGUUCGCGCGCGACCUCGGCAACGCUGAGGAUCGCGUCCGCCAGGUGCGGGAGGUGCUGACGGAGGUGUCAGACACCGCGCAGAAGAUGUCGGAGAGCGCCGCCCAGAGCCGCAAGCAGCUGAUCGAGAACAUCAAGGUCCUGACCAGGAAGCUUCCGCAGAGGGGCGCACUGGAUCUCUCGGGAAGAUGACGUCAAGCACACCGAGGAGCGCCUCUUCCCCGUCGUCUUCGGGGAGGAGUGAGAGGGGAAGGGGCAGCUCGAGGGGCGGAUUGUACGGAAGCGAUCUCGACAGUGAAACUUUCGAGAAGGCAUGCGAAAGCCACUGCAACGGCAGCCGAUCCGUUCCAAAAGGUAUCAUGGAUGUGUUUCCGUUCGUGUGCACUUCCGUACGUGGGCGUGG